UAAGUGGAGUCGGACACCGCGCUAGCAAAAAGGAAAACGAAAAACACGAAAACAAGAGGGGGAAGCGGGGACAAAAGAAAGAAAUCGUAAAACCCAUCUCUCUCUUGUGCUGCACUAGGAGUCCAGUGCUAGGGUUUUAACCAGUCUUCACCAUUUUUUCCGUCCUCUCAAAUCAAUCACUAGCAGUGACAGCUUGAUAGAAAGAAGAAGAAGUAAAUUAUGAGUGCCAGGGUGGGGAUGGAGGUUCCCAUUAUCGGCACUGAUUCCAUCAAAUUCAUCGACAUAUCUGUCCCCGACGUCGGCGACGCUGAUUUAUCAACCACUUCUUCUGCUACUGCUGCUUCCAUUGCUAUUACAACUUCUCUCACUGAAGAUUAUUGCUCCUCCUCCAUCACUGGCGAUCCUCCUCUCUCUUUCAUUUGGAGGAUUCAUAAGUCCCAGCCUAAAACUCUCGAGUUACUUCAACUCUCUGCUACUAAAGACUUCCCCGGGACAACCGGGUUGCGAAUUACCUUUCCCCAUGCCCUUUGCCCUUUCGCUUAUGUUUGCCAGAAUCAGAGCCAGAUGCCUGCUUUCUCUACUACAAAUCCAUACUUGCUCUAUGCAUUGACAAUUUCGGGAGUCGCUUAUCUUAUCAAACUCCGAAACAUUACUGCUUAUUCUUCCUUGCCUGUUUUACCAAGGGAUGAGGUUACCCAGUUUAGUUUGAAUGAUCGUGAUUCCAGUAAUUCCGAGCCUGCGGCAAUAACUAGUGUAGCAGCCACCGCUGGAUGUCUUGCAGUAGGUAGAAUUGAUGGAUCUGUUGCUUAUUUUCAACUUGGAUUGCUUCACCAUAGUACCCCUGGUUUUGUGAAUGAGUUGCGGGAUGAUUCAGGGAUCGGUCGUUUGUGGGGUUUCAUGUCAAGGGGUAGGAUGGUUGGAGCUGUGCAGGAUUUGGUAAUAUCGGAGGUACAUGGGCUAAAACUUUUGUUUGUGCUUCAUUCUGAUGGGAUGUUACGAGUAUGGAACUUGUCCUUCCGCAGCAAGAUUUUAAGUCAUGCAUUGGGCAUUCCGAAUUCAGAAGGAGUGACAUUUGCCAGAUUGUGGGUCGGUGAAGCUAAGGAAGAUGCCAGCAUAACUCCAUUAGCUGUCUUGUGUAGGCAUAAUUUGGACAUUAGGAGGGAGAUGAUUCAUGUCUAUCGCCUUCACUGUACUUUGGGGGACAAGACUGCUUUGUCAGUAGAGUCUUCAAUGCAAGAUAUUUCUCUUGAGGAGGGGGAAUGCAUCGAUGUCAAACUCACUUCAGACAAGAUAUGGAUAUUAAAAGACAACGGAUUGCUAUCUCAUAAAUUGUUUCAUAUUGAUACGGAAGAUGCCUGCUGCUAUACUUUGCAGGAAGAAUUUGUUGCUGAGCAGCUAUUUCAAAGUUCCGAACUUUCUUCAGAUGAUCUUCUUUGGAUUACGUAUUCAUUAUUUUCAUCUAUGAAGGAAAACAUUGUACCGUUUGUAUCUUCUAUCUUUAUACGUAGAUUGCUUCUCCCUGGUGUUCAUCACAAUGACGUGCUUCGUUCAACUUUGCUGGAUUACCACAGGCACUGGACUGAUAUGGAAUUCCAGUCCUUAACUGUUGAUGGGCUCAAAAAGGAAGUUCGAUCAGUGAUUGAAAAUCAGGGUGUCAGUGAAAGUCCAAUGUCAGUAUUUUGCCACUGGAAAAAUUUCUGCGCCCGCUAUUUCCAUUACUGGUGCAAGAACAAUUCACCAUGUGGUUUGUUAGUUCAGUCCUCUGCAGGUGCUGUUUGUUUAGUCAGAAAGAAUUCAGUGUCUCUAUUUCGUGAUUUGGAAAACAUCGAGAUGAUUAUCGAUGGUUCUUCUGAUGAACUUGUCGAUCUUGCAAGCUUCGGAUUGGAUUUAUCCAAUGACGAGUCUGAACGUGGGAUUCUAUUAGAAGUUCUGAGAUGCAUUAUCAGUAUGAGCCAACACCUUGGGAAACCAGCAUCUGCUGUAUUUUAUGAAUCACUCAUUAGCACACCCAUUGUUUCAUCAGAGGAAAUUGUUCCACGCUUGCUGAAGAUUCUGGAAACUGGAUACAGUUCAUCAGUAUCAUCAGAUCACAUAUCAGAUCUUGGAGGUGAUUUUGCUUGGGAAAAGGAGCUGGCAGAUCGCAAAAGUUUGAGGAAGUUCUCUAUUGACAUGCUAUUAUCUCUGCAUACAUUAUCCAAAAAAGCUACAUCGUGGAGCAAAGUUUUGAAUGUCAUUGAAAGCUAUCUACAAUUUCUUGUACCCCGGAGGAUCAUACAAAAACUAAAUGCUGAAAUGUCAUUUGAUAUCAAUACUUCUAUUUUGGUCCAGGCUACUUCUCAAAUUGCUAAGUUUAUCUUUGAGUCUGCAUUGGACGUCUUUCUGUUUGUAAGCUAUCUUCUGAAAAUCAGUGGACAGAUUAAUAUGUUGCAUGAUGAUACAUCCAGAAUACAACUUGAAUUCAUUCCUAUGAUUCAAGAAAUUGUUUCUGAGUGGUUGAUUAUCCAUUUCCUCAGCACCACACCUUCUGAAUCUCCUUCAAUUGAAGAUUUUAGUUCCCAACUCUCAUCAUUGCAAAUUGAUAACAAAACUGACAGAAGAUCGUGGAAUGAAAAACUUGGGAAAUGUGAUUUUACAUUGGCUUUUAUACUUUCACUAACAUUUCACACUUCCUCUGGAGACCCAAGCCAACCUUCUUCGCAUUGUCUCCCAAAUCCACAAGAGAUAGUUAAUUUAGCAAGAGGCUUUACAAGCUGGAUUAUCUGGGGCAAAACUGGGGAAGAAUCUACUUCUUUCCUAAGGCGUUCAUCUGAGAUUGCUUUAAUCCUCCUUAGGCAUGGUCAAUAUGGUGCCGUUGAGUAUCUGCUCACAUUUGUGGAGGCUAAUUCACGGAGGGAGAAGGUAUCUAGAAGCAUUCAAGAUAAUGAUGGUGAUUGGUGCAUUCUUCAUCAUCUUCUAGGAUGCUGCCUCCUUGCUCAAGCCAGGUAUGGGUUCCAGGGAGUGUUGAAAGAGAAGAAAGUUUGUGAAGCCAUUCGCUGUUUUUUCAGAGCUUCAUCUGGACAAGGAGCUUCCAAAGCUUUGAAAGAUUUGUCUCAAGAUGCAGGAUUGCCCAAUUUUGGUUUUGAUGAUUGUGCCUCACCUGCUGCUUGGAAGCUUCAUUACUACCAGUGGGCAAUGCAGAUAUUCGAACAAUAUAACAUUAGUGAAGGUGCCUGUCAGUUUGCACUUGCUGCUCUGGAACAAGUUGAUGAAGCUCUUAGUCAGAAAGAUGAUUCAUCUGGGACAAAUGUUAUCAAUGAAUCAGACACUACUAUCAAAGGACGGCUUUGGGCGAAUGUCUUCAAGUUUACUUUAGACCUUGAUCACUUAUACGAUGCAUAUUGUGCAAUACUUUCAAAUCCAGAUGAGGAGAACAAGUACAUCUGCUUGAGGCGUUUCAUAAUUGUUCUCUAUGAGCGUGGGGCAAUGAAGGUACUUUGUAAUGGUCAGUUACCCUUCGUUGGUUUAGCAGAGAAGAUUGAGCAAGAGCUUGCUUGGAAGGCAGAACGUUCUGAAAUCUUGGCAAAGCCGAACCCAUAUAAGUUGCUUUACGCAUUUGAAAUGCACCGACAUAACUGGAGACGGGCAGCAAGUUACAUAUAUCAGUAUUCAGCUCGUUUGAGGACUGAAGUAGAUCUGAAAGAUCACCAGCGCAUGUCACUUGUGCUGCAAGAAAGGCUAAAUGGCCUCUCUGCUGCGAUCAAUGCACUGCAUCUCAUCCAAUCUGAAUAUGCUUGGAUAAAUCCUCUGUUUGGGGGAAACUCUGUUCAUAACGAGAGUUAUCCAAGUAAAAAGGCUAAAAAAUUGGUGAAAGAACACUUGACUGGGAGUGAUGUUCAGGCCCAAAGGCUGCAGUUUUACAUUGAUGUUGAGAAACUUGAAAAGGAGUUCGUUCUAACAUCCGCAGAAUAUUUGCUUUCAUUAGCAAAUGUCAAAUGGACAUUCACUGGAACAGAAAAGGCUCCAUCAGAUUUGGUUGAUCUCUUGGUCGAGGCAAACUUAUAUGAAAUGGCAUUUACAGUUCUUUUAAAAUUCUGGAAUGGUUCAGGAUUGAAUAGGGAAUUGGAAAGAGUUUUCUCAGCUAUGUCAUUGAAAUGCUGUCCCAAUAAACUGGGCUCCUCAUCUACCAGGAUGCAUGGUCUUUUGUUGACAUCCUCAAAAGAAAUAGUUGUUCACGGUUCACCUGACAUGGGUCCUACUUCUCAGAAUCAUCAGGGGAAUGCUCAGUGGGAGACUCUUGAGCUUUAUCUUGAAAAAUAUAGAACUUUUCAUACUGGAUUACCAGCAACUGUUGCUGAAACACUUCUCCGCACAGAUCCUCAGAUUGAAUUGCCUCUGUGGCUGGUACAUAUGUUCAAGGAGAGUCGAAGGGACAGGACCUGGGGGAUGGCUGGCCAAGUAUCAAAUCCUGCAUCUUUGUUCAGGCUAUAUGUUGAUUAUGGUCGAUUUACAGAAGCUACAAAUCUGUUGCUUGAGUAUACCGAAUCAUUUGCAUCAGUGAGACCGUCGGACUUGAUUAAUCGGAAAAAGCCAUUUGCGGCAUGGUUUCCAUACACAACAAUAGAGCGCCUAUGGUGCCAGCUUGAGGAAUUGAGUAAUUUGGGUCACAUGGUUGAUCACUAUGGGAAGCUCAAAAGUCUAUUGCAUGGAGCUUUGCAGAACCACCUCAAGCAGGUGAAGGUGGACUCCGAAGAUGCAUUAUCCGCUGCUGCCUGCUAAGAAAGUUCUUCGCAACGGUUGAAUUUAAUGGUCUAUAGAGCAUAAGACACAUCAGGAUCUUUGAACAGAUUAUGAGCUGCAUUUAACACUAGACAAGGAUCAAUUUGCUUUUGAGCAUACAAUAGUUCCGACUUCUGUCAAGAAGUGGUGCUACGGCUCUGAAAGUCCAAUUUUGUAUGUAUGCACGUAGUUGGGUUCUGAUAGAAUUGUUAAUUGAGAGGGAAAGAAAACAAGGACUUCCCAUUUGCCUCUUUAGUAAAAUCAUGGCAUGUAGAUGCUAGGGUUAAAACCUAAAUUUUGAGAAGGAUAUAUGUAUUUAUCGGUGCUUUCAUUUUUCUUACCCACUGGCUGGAUUGAGCACGGGGAAGAGAUGAAUGCUUGUACCUUCAUGUAUAUACCAUUUGGCUGGCCAGUCUUUACGCCGUUAGAGGGGAUUCAGUUUGUCAGAGGCUUCACUCUGGGGUUCCGGGAAAUUAUUAUAUUUUCCAACAUGAUGAAUGCUGCAA